UGGUCCUUUCAAAGCCGAGUGCAGCACCGUGUACACAUACGUCGUUCACCAAUCGAUGCACACACAGGAGUCUGAAAACAGCAAUAACGCUAACACCAUGAGUUUCACAAUCGAAGAGAGAGGAAAUCCAAACACCCUGAGUUACAGAGUGUAUUUCAAAAACUCUGAUGGGAAGUACAUCUCACCAUUCCAUGACAUACCUCUGUAUGCUGAUGAAAGCCAGAAUAUUUUCCAUGUAGUCAUUGAGGUACCUAGAUGGACAAACGCAAAGAUGGAGAUUGCCACCAAAGAUCCUCUCAACCCUAUAAAACAAGAUGUGAAGAAGGGAAAUCUGCGGUAUGUGGCUAACGUUUUCCCUCACAAAGGAUACAUCUGGAACUAUGGAGCCAUCCCUCAGACAUGGGAAGACCCAGGGCACAAAGAUGGAGAUACCGGCUGUUGUGGUGACAAUGAUCCAAUUGAUGUCUGUGAAAUUGGCAGCAAGGUAUGCUCAAGAGGGGAGGUCAUCAAAGUUAAGGUGUUGGGUGUGUUGGCAAUGAUUGAUGAAGGGGAAACUGAUUGGAAAGUUAUAGCAAUCAAUGUUGAUGACCCUGAGGCGAAGGACUUCAACAAUAUUGAAGAUGUCCGAAAGCUGAAGCCAGGCUAUCUUGAAAAUACAGUGGACUGGUUUAGACGCUACAAAGUGCCCGAUGGAAAGCCUGAAAAUCAGUUUGCUUUCAAUGGAGACUUUAAAGACAAGGACUUUGCUAUUGAGACAAUCAAGAGCACUCAUGCCUUUUGGAAGAAUCUCAUCUCUCAGCCGACUAAUGCAGGGGGGUUAAGCUGUAAAAACACGUGUUUCUCUGAAGAUGGGAGCCCGAACUGUUGCUCCAGCAGUGAAGCCCAAGCCGUUGUUGAUGCUAAUUGCCCCUGUGGAAAAGAAGAACCCAUUCCAUGUUCAGUUGAUAAAUGGUUUUACUAUAAGAAGUAAAUGAAGAAGAGCACUUCGGGGGAACACAAAUUGGUUCAAUAGAUGUACUUGAAAGUAGAUUUAUGAAUCUAUAUAGAAUUGAACAUUGAAUGAUAAACAUAUCAUUUCUUUAGAUAUGCUGUAAGAGAGACAGGAGAUUAGCCAAUUCUGAAAAAUGUAAUAAUAGUUUUCAUUUUAUUUAACUUGCAUAAUUAAGCUGUUUACCAGCACAGAUAGGCUAAUGCACUCUGGAUCAAGCUGGCACUCUGUAAGAGACUCUUAAUUGCUUUAUUAAAGACUUUCUUUUGA